CAAAUACCUUCCGACACUUGAGCAUUUCUUCCAUCUUUUUUUUUUAUGCGAAAAAAGAUGGCGGCAAUCUCUUCCGACAGGAACAUGCAGCCGAAGAAGGAGAAUCUUCUGUCGAGAAUCGCCGCCGGCGAGCAACACGGCGAGGAUUCGCCGUACUUCGACGGUUGGAAAGUGUACGACAAUGACCCUUUUCACCCUACUCGCAAUCCCCGCGGCGUCAUCCAGAUGGGCCUCGCCGAAAAUCAACUUUGUUCUGAUCUGAUCAAAGAGUGGAUCAAAGUUAACCCCCAGGCCUCCAUCUUCACGCCCGACGGCAUCAACGCCUUCUCCGACGUCGCUGUUUUUCAAGACUAUCACGGCCUAACAGGAUUUCGACAGGGGAUAGCGAGGUUUAUGGGGAAAGCGAGAGGAGGGAGAGUUAGGUUCGAGCCGGACAGGGUGGUUAUGAGCGGCGGAGCCACCGGCGCCAACGAGACUCUUAUGUUCUGUCUCGCCGACCCCGGCGACGCCUUUCUCGUUCCGACACCGUACUACGCCGCAUUCGACAGAGACCUGAGGUGGAGAACCGGACUGAGAAUAAUCCCAGUGGAGUGUAACAGCUCAAACAAUUUCCAGAUAACGAGACAAGCCCUCGAAUCAUCGUACCUCAAAGCUCAAGAAUCCGACAUAAAGAUCAAAGGCCUCAUCCUCGCAAACCCAUCAAACCCUCUCGGAACAUCUCUCGAUCGAGUCACUCUCGAAACCCUAAUCAGCUUCAUCAGCGACAAACAAAUCCACCUCGUCUGCGACGAAAUAUACGCGGCAACUGUCUUCCACGGUCCGAGAUUCACCAGCGUCGCCGAAAUCAUCCAGGAAAUGGAUCACGUCAACCGAGAUUUCAUCCACAUUGUCUACAGCCUCUCCAAGGACAUGGGUCUUCCCGGUUUCAGGGUCGGAAUCAUUUACUCCUUUAACGACGCUGUCGUGUCCUGCGCGAGGAAGAUGUCGAGUUUCGGCCUGGUUUCUUCCCACACGCAGAGUUUUCUUGCGGCUAUGCUUUCUGAUGAGAGAUUCGUAGAUGAUUUCCUCGCGCGGAGCUCGAAGAGAUUGGCCAGGAGACACGGGAUCUUCACCAGGGGCCUAGAGCAGACGGGGAUUUCCUGCCUGAAAAGCAAUGCGGGUUUGUUCGUGUGGAUGGAUCUCAGACCCAUGCUCAAAGACCAGAGCUUUGAGUCAGAAAUGGAUCUAUGGCGUGUGAUCAUCAACAAGGUCAAGAUCAACGUCUCGCCCGGUUCGUCGUUCCACUGCUCCGAACCGGGGUGGUUCAGGGCCUGCUUCGCCAACAUGGACGAGGAGACGCUCGAAGUUGGGCUUCGUAGAAUCCAAGAAUUCGUGGUCGGAAACUCUAAGAGCAAGACACGUGGUGGUUGGCAGAAGAAUCUUCGGCUGAGUUUUUCUUCGAGGAUGUACGAUGAACACGCCAUGUCCCCUCGCUUGAUGUCCCCUCAUUCUCCCUUGCUCCGGGCUUAAUCUUGUUUAAUUAACACUAUACAAUCAUUUUGGGCUUAUUACCCGAAUGCUUAUGGUUAAUUAAUUAGGCCACCUUUAAUUGUUUGUCAAGGUUAUUACUUAUUAGUUUCCCCUGCCUGUAUAAUCUCUGUUUGAUUAUACUGUAUAAUGUAUGCCUAAAAAUUGGUGUCAUGUCACAAACGUUGUCUAGAUUUUAUCUUAUUACAGAAGUAA